UCUUCAUUUCAUCCAUUAAAAAUCAAAAUUAUCUUCUCCUCCAAACCAAAUUGAACAAAAUCAAUCGUCUCAAUUAGCUCAGAAUCUCGAUUUUCAUGUCGAAUUGAAGGCAAUCAUGAUGCUCGGUGGUUUCUCCGCGUCCGAAUCUGCCGCGGAAUUUCUCUUAUUGAGCCGGAAUUCGCUUCCCCCUUGUGGAUUUCCGAUUUUGCGGAGGCAUUUUUCUGUUUCCGCGCCGAGGAGGGAGAAGCAGAGAAUAGCUGCGGCGAGAAGCGCUUUGAAUGACGGCGUUGUUUUUGAUAAGGAGUUUGAAUUCACGCCGUCGUUCAGUGAGUACUUGAAGGCGAUGGAGUUUCUGAAGAAUGAGAAGUACCAAACCCUAAAAAGUAGCGACGGUGGAGAUGCUAGUAGUAGUAAUAGACCGAGGGGAAGGAAGGUUGUGAAGAAAAUUGAGGAGAAGAGCGGUGAUGAGAUGAGUGCAGCUGAAGAGAAUUCGAGAAAGGGGAAGAGAGGGGCGUCGUAUAGAGGAGUUCCGAGAGAGGGCGAUUUUCGCGAUUCGGAGAUGGCUGGGAGGAGGCAGGGUAGAGAUAGAGAUUUGGGGAUUCGGAAUAGAAAGACCACGGAUGGCGGUGAGAGUGAGUCCUUAAGUGUGGAACGAGAUGCGUUUAAGCCGUUGGAAAACAGUGAGGGUGUUGUUGGAGGGCCAAGGGUGACAAGGGUAGACAUGGAGGAGAGAAUACAGAAGCUUGCUAAAUGUCUGAAUGGUGCAGACAUUGACAUCCCUGAGUGGAAGUUCUCAGAAAUUAUGCGGAGUGCUCAGAUUAGAUUCUCAGAUCAUUCUAUUUUGAGGGUAGUUCAGAUAUUGGGUAAGUUGGGAAACUGGAAGCGGGUGCUCCAACUCAUUGAAUGGCUCCAGUCCCGCGACCGCUUCAAAUGUCACAGGCCAAGAUAUAUUUGUACUGCUGCACUGGAUGCUCUUGGAAAAGCUAGGAGACCAGUAGAGGCUCUCAAUCUCUUCUAUCGGAUGCAGGGACAAAUGGCUACCUAUCCGGAUAUAGCAGCAUAUCAUUGUAUUGCUGUCACGCUUGGACAAGCAGGGUAUAUGAAGGAACUAUUUGAUGUGAUUGAUACCAUGAGGUCCCAUCCCAAAAAGAAGUUCAAAACUGAAUUGCUUGCAAAGUGGGAUCCACGACUGGAACCGGAUGUUAUUGUCUAUAAUGCUGUCCUUAAUGCUUGUGUUCGGCGUCAGAAAUGGGAAGGGGCUUUCUGGGUUCUGCAGCAACUAAGCGAACAGAACCAACAACCUUCAAGCACAACGUAUGGACUAGUUAUGGAGGUCAUGUUGGUAUGCAGCAAGUAUAACUUGGUUUAUGAUUUCUUCAAGAAGGUGCAGAAAUCGUACAUACCAAAUGCUUUAAUAUAUAAAGUUCUCAUAAAUGCUCUUUGGAAGGAAGGCAAAGUCGAUGAGGCCAUAAUGGCGGUUGAUGAAAUGGAGAGAAGAGGGAUAGUUGGUACUGCCGGUCUAUAUUAUGACCUUGCUCGCUGCCUUUGUAGUGCAGGGCGAUGCAGUGAAGCACUAAAACAAGUACGUACUUUUCAUACAUGUCGUAAACUUUGGUUUACAACUAUGUUUCUUAGUUUCGUUUCAUUUCCAUUUCCUAUUUUGCAGAUUGAUAAGAUCUGCAGAGUUGCAAAUAAACCACUUGUGAUAACUUACACUGGUUUGAUGCAAGCAUGUGUGGAUUCUGGCGACGUUGAAAACGCGGCAUAUAUCUUCGAUCAUAUGCAGAAGUUUUGUUCGCCAAAUCUCGUCACUUGUAAUAUAAUGCUCAAAGCUUUUCUUGAUCAUGGGAAGUUCGAAGAUGCCAAACAGUUGUUUCUAACUCUGUUGGAUAACGGAAAUAAUAUUCGUCGCGAAGAAGAUUACAGAGUUAGGGUUAUUCCCGAUAUCUACACGUUCAACACAAUGCUAGACGCAUGUGCCGCAGAGAAAAGAUGGGAAGAUCUUGAGUUUGCCUAUGCGCAGAUGCUGAGAUACGGUCACCACUUCAAUGCAAAACGCCAUCUUCAGCUAAUAUUGGAAGCACAGCGUGCUGGAAAGGAAUCGAUUCUGGAGAUGACGUGGAAGCGCCUGGUGGAGACCAAACGGCCUCCUCCUCCUCUGCUCGUCACGGAAAUGUUCUGCACGAGAGUGUCGCAGGGAGACUAUUCCGCUGCGCUCUCGUAUGUGGUUAACUUCGCCUUCGUCGAAUCACAUGUUUUCUCCAGAAAGUCCUGGUUGAAAGUCUUGACCGAGAACGCCCACCGGUUCCCGGACCGCGCUCUCGACGAGCUCGUACACGGCGGGAACAUCCUUCUUCGCCGUUGCGAAAACGCUGCUCUUGAACAUCUGUUAGAUUCUUGCAAAGAUUAUUCAAGGAAGCAAGCAUUAUUAGAUGUGAGGGAAAUAGUAAGAACUGGGUUUCAAAAUAAUGCUGCUUUAGUAUGCUAAAAUCUGAAAUAUUAUAUUAUUUGUUAAUGUUAUUAUGUCGAAUUUCUUUAAUACUAUCUAGAUCGAACCACUUAAAAUCGGCAUAUAUAAAGUGGCAUGUAAUUAUUUUUGUGUA